AUGACGGAGAAGGAGAAGACCAUGAGCUACCCAGCUGACGAAAAGCUCCACAUCGAGGAGCUGGAGAAGGAGAAGGGUGUUGUCGUCGAUGGCAAGGAGGACUACUCUGGAGCCGUUGCAAAGACGGAUCCGGAGGAGAUUGCUCUCGUCAGGAAGCUGGAUUGGCGCAUCAUGCCAACGCUCUGGUGCAUGUACUUCCUGAAUUACCUCGACAGGAACGCCAUCGCACAAGCCCGCUUAAACGAUCUUGAAGAUGACCUGGACCUCCACGGCUCCCAAUACAACACUGCCAUCUCAAUCCUCUUCGUUGGAUACCUCCUGAUGCAAAUCCCAUCGAACAUGUUCAUGUCCUCGAAGAAGGUCCGGCCGUCGAUUUACAUGGGCAUCUGCAUGGGCGCCUGGGCCGUCGUCUCCGCCUGCACCGCGCUCGUCCACGACUACAAAGGCCUCGUCCUCGUCCGUUUCUUCCUCGGAGUCGCCGAAGCCCCCUUCUACCCGGGCGCGCUCUUCAUGCUCUCCCUCUUCUACACCCGCAAAGAAAUCGCCACCCGCAUCUCGAUCCUCUACUCGGGCAACAUCCUCGCAACCGCCUUCUCCGGCCUCAUCGCCGCCGCCGUCUUCGGCACCGUCGACGGCGCGCACGGCCUGAAAGGCUGGCGCUGGCUCUUCAUCAUCGAAGGCAUCCUCACCUUCUCCGUCUCCCUCCUCUCCCUCUUCACCCUCGCCGACCACCCCCUCAGCACGCGCUGGCUCACCCCGCGCGAACGCGAACUCGCGCACGCGCGCAUAGCACGCGAUACCGUCUCCGCCGAGAACGACCGCGGCGCCCGCGCAGGCUUCAUGCAGGCGGUGCGGGAUCCGCGGCUGUACCUGUUCUGCUUCAUGCAGAACAUGCACCUGUCUGCGUGCGGCUUCAACAACUUCUUCCCCACCGUCGUCGAGACGCUCGGCUUCAACAGCACCAUCACGCUGGUCCUGACGUGCCCGCCGUACCUGGUGUCGGGCGCCGUGGGGAUCCUGGUGGGGUGGACGUCCGGGCGGUACAACGAGCGGACGUGGCACGUCACGGUGUGCAUGGGGGCCGCGGUCGUGGGGUUCGUGAUUGCGUGCGCGACGCUGAAUACGGCGGCGCGGUAUAUCGCGUGUUUCCUGUUCGCGAGCGGCGCGUAUGCGGUUAAUAGUGUGAUUCUGGGGUGGGUGUCGGCGACGCUGGGGCAGACGAGCGAGAAGAAGGGCGUCAGUUUGUCGGUGGUGAAUGUCGUCGCGAAUGCGUCGUAUAUCUAUACGGCGUAUCUGUACCCGAAGAGCGACGGGCCGAGGUAUGUCAUUGGGAUGGGGGCGAAUGCGGGUUUCGCGUUUGCGACGAUCGCGAGUGCGUGGGUGAUGAGGGUUUGGUUGAUGAGUACGAAUAAGAAGAUUAGGGACGGCAGGUUGCAGGGUGCUGAGGGCCGGAAUAUGUAUGCUUACUGA